UCAAAUUCAAUAUUACCUACUUUUAAUUUCCAACUUCUAGGCCUACUAGACUCUAGAGCGAUCUUUCUUGAAAAUGGUUAUUAAGAAGCGCCAGAUUCUUUGGGAUUGGAGCAACUCGUCCGGCCCAGGAAACCCUGGAAUCCCUGAAAAGCUUGACCAAGUUCCUUUUGGUGACAAAAGUCCAGUGUCUUCCCUCAUAAACUGGAAUGCCUGGGUCCCCCAGGAGCUCAAGGGACGAGCGAUCUUCCGGCCUAUGGUCCGAGUCCUUGAGUCCACCAAGGGAAAUGAUUGGGCCAUGAUUCAAGACUCGAAGGCUCCGGUAGUCCUUUUUUUCAACGAGCCUGAGCGUUCUGGAAUCACGCCUGAGCAGGCAAGAGAUAUUUGGAAUAAACAGAUGUUACCCCUAAGGAAGAACAAGGGGAAGAAGCUAGGUUCUCCAGCUGUCGCCUCUGACGAGCAAGGCCGAAAGUGGAUUGAAAAGUUCAUGUCACUUACCGCAAAUGACAAGCCUGAUUUCCUCUGCUUGCACUACUACUCUCACAAGGCUGAUGAUGCAAUCAAGUAUCUCGAGGACAUGCAUGGAAAGUGGCCUAGUUUGAAAGUAAUGGUUACAGAGAUUGCAUGCAUCGACCGUAACUACCAAAAUGUCUUGCAGUUCACAGUAAAGAUGUGCAAUUGGAUGGACUCUAAGGACUGGGUCUUCGAAUAUGGACUGUUUGACUUUCAGCGCAAGGUCGCCGAUGGGUUCGUGAGCCCAGCUGCUCAGCUCAUGGAUGCCCAAGGGAAUUUCACAGAACUAGGCAAGAUGUACGUCUACCAGCAGCCCAUGAAGCUCCCGGGCCAAGCUAUUGCCUCUCUAGUGGCGAUAAGCAAUGACCAGGCUGUGCAAGAUAGCCAGGCUACUGCGGCUGCGGAUGACAUCGAAGUCCAGAUGGCAACGGGUGACGGUCCCAUUCAGGUGACAGAAGAUGACGUGGCCAAAGCUAUGGAAGACAGCAAGCUUGACGCAGAUAGUAAUGAGGUUCAUGCUGUAGUCGCAUUUACUGCGGCCGCUGUUCUUGACGCAGAUGAGCAGAAGGCCCUGGACGCCCACAACAAUAAACGAAAAGCGAAGGGACUCAAACCACUCACCUGGGACCACCAACUCGAGAAAAAUGCUGAAACUUACGCAAAGCACCUAGCCAAGAUUGGAAAGCUGGAACACUCAUCUGGUGCUUCACGUCCAAAUCAGGGGGAAAACCUUGCAUGGUAUUCGGCUUCCAACGCAACACCUCUGCUCAUGGGUGCGAACCUGUGGGUAGCAGAGGAAAAGAACUACCACGACGAGCCAAUCGGACAGGGUAAUUUCGCAUCGUAUGGCCACUAUACUCAAUGCAUGUGGCAUUCCACCACCAAGAUCGGCAUGGCCUCAGCGAAGGAUGCUAAAGGCGGCGUGUAUGUGGUCGGGCGCUAUUCGCCUCCUGGGAACUUCACGGGCCAGAAACCAUAUUGAUUUUGUUGCAAUUCCGAAUGUCGGAGCAAGAUUACAAUCGGUGGCGUGAUCUAUGUACUGUGGGUUAUUUUUGAUGUUUAUGUAUAGUUUUAAAGAUCGUUAUUAUAGUCGAUGACCAUUCUCUAUUUUUCGCGACAGAAUCGUUUAAAGCUAGUCAAGUAGCAGCUUCGAGUAUGAAAACUUAACCCAGAAUGCGAACUGGUCUAGAAGUUGCGAGGCUAUUACUAAUUUGUUCUGUAAGUCGCAAGGGUUGCUAUAUAUCUGGCAUGUUAGUUAGAUAUCCGAGGCUCUUCAACACGCAAGCGAGAGAAAAGGGCUAGAAUUUGUGACACUCAGCUUAUCGACCUAUUUACUUCGAUUGAGACUCCAAAGGGAAGGUCAAGGGGGUUAGAAAUGCAAUAC